GACUUCUUCACAUUAUAUGAGGUUAAUUUGGAUGGAGAGAAUCAGAUAUGUUUGUGAUAUCUCUUAGAAAGAGAAAGAGACAUUUUUCUUUGAAAAUGAUGUGCUUCUAAGAAACAACCUAUUCAAUACACACAGAGCCAAUAGAAAACAGUUGAGAUAGGCCGAUGGUUUAUUCUGGGUGGAGAUCAACGGUUUCAGCCUGAUGUUAAAAGAAUCUCUGCUGUGUUUUGUGUAGGCUACUGGAUAUGAUUUCAAGGGAGAUGAUUGUUUACACAUCAGCAUAACAGCUAAAAGGGAUUAGCAUUUCUGUACUCUGAAUACAAAAUGAUGCAGAAUGAAGUUGACCUGUCAAUUAAGGAAUACUCCAAAAUGAUGACCGAUCUGCUAAUAUUGUGUUUCACCCUGGCCCUCUCCCUCGUCUUUUGGAUCAUCUCUCUGUUUGCCAGCACAUACUCAGGGUCAGUGCAGCCUGUAUCUCCGUGGCGAUGGCUGUUCUCGAUAUUGGUUCCCCUGACGCUGACUUUGCGAGCGGUGAAGAGGCGGAGCCUGGACUACACGGGGGCCCUUGGAGCCAUGGUGGUGGGCUUCAUUCUUACGGUGGCCAACUACAGUUUCCUGUUCUCCCUGUUUGCGUUCUUCAUCACUUCCUCCAAGCUCACCAAAUGGAAGGGGGACAUUAAGAAGCGUCUGGACUCAGAAUACAAAGAAGGUGGGCAGAGGAACUGGGUGCAGGUGCUGUGCAACGGCGGUGUACCCACUGAGCUGGCCCUGCUCUAUAUGAUCGAGGUGGGACCCGGUGAGAUGCCUAUCGACUUCGGCAAGCAGUACUCCGCGUCCUGGCUCUGCCUGGCCCUCCUUGGGGCGCUGUCGUGUAGCGCGGGGGACACCUGGGCCUCCGAGGUGGGGCCCGUCCUGAGCAAAAGCAGACCCAAGCUCAUCACCACCUGGAAGGAGGUGCCGGCAGGGACCAAUGGAGGCGUCACCCCUGUGGGCCUGCUGGCCAGCCUCCUGGGCGGGGCCACUGUGGGCGCCGCCUACUUCCUGUCUCAGCUGCUGUUUGUGAGCGACCUGCACCUGGCGGUGCCGCAGUGGCCAAUCGUAGUCUACGCAGGACUGGCCGGCCUGCUGGGCUCUCUGCUGGACUCCCUCAUCGGAGCCAGCAUGCAGUACUCAGGCCUGGACAAGAGCACUGGUAAAAUUGUGAACUACGAAUCCGCAACUACUGAAAGAAUAUGUGGGAAACCCAUACUGGAUAACAACGCUGUGAACCUCUUCUCCAGCCUCCUCGUCGCUCUCGUACUGCCAGGGUUUGCCUGGGGGCUUUGGCCCAGACUGUAAAACGUCACUUACAUGUAUAUGGAUACUUUUGUAAACACACCCGUUUUGGCUUCUUUACAUGUUAACAGAUUAAGAAAUCUCAGUUACACUUUAUAAUACCAACUCCUUGUUAAGCAUUAGUUAUGCAUUUGUUAUUUGUUGAUUCUGAUACAUGUGUGUGAGAGAGUCAGGGAAGGAUUGGCAAAUGAUACAAAAAUCAUUCAUCAUUUGCCGAUCCUUCCCAGACUCUCUCACACACGUGUCGGUAUCAAUAACAAUUAAUAGUGUAUGUUAAUGAUUAAUAGGAAAUACCUGGAGAGGGAAAUAAAGAGAUAAUGGUUAACAAACGUUUUACAAAGAGUUAUCUAAGGUUUGAAUAAUGUGUAACAAAUGCAUAACUAAUGCUUAAGAAGGAGUCAGUAUUAUGAAGUAUUACAGAAAUCUCCUCUUAAAACUCUGGUUUUAAAAAUAUCCUUUGUAAGGAGCUAAAACAUACCUGUCACUAUGGUGUUUUUAUUUUUAUCCACAUGUCCGUUUUACACAUAAACUUAUUUUUUUUAAAAACCUAUUUUGUGGAAUGAUGGAAUGGAAUGUUGGUGUAACGGUUACUUUGUAUCUUUGGUCGCGGAGUGAUUAUUAGAUGUGAAGAGUCAUUCAUAGAGUGUUGGAGGAUACCCUCACUCCUAGUGACGUGUAGAACGCCUCUUGUCCAAUCAGAAUUUGUGAAAUAAUUCGACCGGAUCUAACUAUUGUAUAAUCUACAAUAUAUUCUGGAUACAUUUUACAAUACAUUCACUUGAAAAUGGCACCUGCUAAGAUCCAACCACAUUGAAUUUCAGUGUUGUGAAGAUCAGCCAGCAUGUUAAGCGGGUUAUUUGCUUUCUGAAUUUGUUUAAAUAAAAUACGGAAAUCCAAAGUCUUCUACAAACCCUAACUCCAGUGAAGUUGGGAUACUAGGUAAAUUGUGAAUAACAGCAAAAUACUCAUUUUAAACCAUCUAAUUCUUACACUAGAUGGAGGAUGGUACUAAGAAAACACAUCAGCCAUCAAAACAGACCAAAAUUAUUGUUUUGGGGGAUAUUCAUCAAUAUGCAAAAAUAACACAUCUCAACUGUUGGGACAAGGGGUAAUAAAAGGCAACAAUUGCCGAAGAAGACAAAAAAACAAAAAAGACAACACUUAACAGUUAAUUGGGCUACAUCAGGGGUGGGGAACCUUUUUUAAUUCGAGGGGCCACUUCAAAUUACUCAGAGGGCCGUAAAAGUCCUCCAAGGGACGUACUAUGAAAACAAACCAGGAUUUACCCUUGCACUUUAGACCUAUAUUGAAGGCAGCCACCUUUGAAACACACCCCACCUUCUGUAGGCACCCUGAAUAUAACUUAUAUUGCAAAUGUAAUUUCUAAGAGUCCUUUACAAAAUAUGUCAUAUUUCAUGUGAAGCUGCAUAACAUUAAAAUGGUCUCGGGAGCCGGAUCAAAUGGCCUCGGGGGCUGCAAAUGGCCCUCCAGACAUAGGUUCCCCAUCGCUGGGCUACAUGAACCAGAUGAGAUGAUGUUAUAUAAAAAACAGGGUUAAAACAGGGUGAUUUUAUACCUGAACAUUCAUCUUGGCAGUCAAUAUAAUUCAUUUCAAUUCAUACAAUUCAUGAAACAUUCUCCCUUGUAUUGAUAUACGGUAGCUUAUUUGGAUGUUAACUACCUCUCCGAUCCCAACUUAACCUAUUUGAGACGUGUUGCAGAUAUCAAAUUAGAAAUGAGCACAUGUCCCCAAAAACAAUAUUCUUUCUUGGUUUUAACACGUUGUCUUUUCACUCUUCUCCACCUAACGAAUGGAUUGAAUGUUUUGAAAAUGAUAGCAUUUUGAUUCGAUUCAGUUUACCAAGUGUCCCAACUUCAUCGGAUUGGGGUUUGUAUAAGGUGGUUCACAACCUGCUCAGUUUGGUCACUGAACCAGUCCAUCUUUUGGCAGAUGGACUGAGGGUAGCAUGUUCAACACGUACAUGCGCUUGAUGUUUGAAUGUUGGUCGUCGUCUUUUUUGUAAUGUGUAUCAGUGUUUUAAAUUUCCCUUUUGAAUGCAUCAUGUUGAGUGACAGUUAUUACAGUAGAUGGAACGAUGCAAAUUCCAUUCGUUUUAAGGGGAAUUUCUCAACUUCCAGUGAUGUCUAUCAUUUGUCUGCAAAAAGAUUAAACGCCUUGUGACGUUU